CUGAAGAUGGCGGCGGUGAAACAUUUGCAGAGGGCGUGCGCGCCCGCCGGUUUUACUCCUUUUUUAAUACUCAGAAGGCUGGCGACAAUUGUUCCCAACAUCUCUCAGAUAGAUAAUGCUUCAAAUUUUCUGGACAAAGUUCCUCACCGAAAACACCCAGGCGUCCUCCAUCUCAAAUGUGUGCAGCUUCCGCCUGAGUUAGUGGAAGCGGUUUCCUUUUGGGUGGCCCAAUCCCCUAUACGCAAUUUGGAGAAGAAGUCCCAAUCCUUUAGCAACUACCUCUGGAGCCGCAAACGCCCGGUAGAGUUGAAGGAUCUACGUAGAAAAGCCCAACUCUUGGGACAGAAGCUGAGGAAAGAUGCAGAAGUCCCUGCCCAGGAGAAGGGUGAAGAUGUACCUCCAUGUGAAAGUGGGGAGAAGAAGCUGAAGAAAGAAGUCUUGACUGCUAUUCGUAAAACGACUUACCACUGGGAAGAAUUAAAUUACACUGAAGAGCUCAGUUUUCUAUACAUGGCCGCCCGGAUGGAUGCAAUCUUUGCGGCAGUGAGCCGAGCUUUCCAUGAAAUCCAGAAGCGAGUCCCAGACUUCCAGCCCAAAACUUUGCUGGAUUUUGGUUCGGGUACCGGUGCUGUCAGCUGGGCAGCCCACAGCAUCUGGGGGGAAAGCUUGAAAGAAUACAUGAAUGUUGAUUGCUCUGCUUCCAUGCUGGCCUUGGCAGAAAAGCUGAUGAGAGGCUACUCUGAAUCCCAGGAGCUCUGCUUUCCUGGUGUCUACUUCAGGCAGUUUUUCCCUGUUGGGCCGAAGAUGACAUUUGAUCUCACAGUAUCUGCUUUCUCUCUCAACGAUCUGCCAAGUUAUGCUCAGAGAGUGGCGACAGUGCAAAAUCUCUGGAAGAGAACCAACAACUUUCUGGUUCUGGUUGAAAAUGGAACCAAGGAAGGCCAUCGGAUGCUCAUGGAGGCCCGAGACGUUGUUUUGAAGGACACAGAUAAAGUAAACCAAGCAGCUCAUGUUUUUGCUCCGUGCCCACACCAUUUGCCCUGCCCUCGCUUGUUGCUGGGUAGUCCUUUGCCAUGCAAUUUCCUCCAGCAGUAUCAACCCCUGCCUCUCCGUUGGAAUCCUCCACAGAAAACCGAGAGAUUUUCUUUCUUGAUCCUGUGCCGAGGAUCAGGGAAGUUGAUGGAACCUUGGCCUCGUGUCACCCAACCUGUCCUUUGCCGCAAACGCCACGUCCACGUGCACCUCUGCUGUGCUGAUGGCACCCUCCAACAUGCUGUUGUGACAUCAAAGAAACAUAGCAGGGAUCUCUAUCGAUGUGCCCGGAACAGUCAUUGUGGAGAUCGGCUUCCUAUUUUGACUCCAGAUAGCAAAUCCAUUUUGGAGGACAAAUCAACCCUGGAAGGCCAGAUAAACACUACUCAAAAAGUUAAUACUGCUCCUUCCCAGGAUCUGAGUUGAUGAGGUCCCUUCCGAUAUACCUCUGUGCUUCCUUUUGGUAUCCAGACAGGAUGUCUAUCUCAGAUUCCUGGUCUCUAGAAUCUGAAUUCCAUAUACUAUUUGGAGCCAUAGACCCAAGUUUUUUAGGCCUUCUGCUUGGCAAUGCCUAUAUAAUCAAGAGGAUCAAAUUGUGGUACACCCCAAUCCAUUUUCCAUGGAUAAUGCUGAUUUUCUUGGAGCAACUUUGGCUACUGAUGCAUUGGAUUUAAUUCAGCUCUUUUUCUCUUUGAUGUCAUAGCAAGCCACAUCGGGCCUCCAGAGACUUAAGUAGUUGUGAUUGUGAUGGUGGUCAGUCUCAAUCUGCUAUACAUGCUCCAAGACACACCCAAAGACAAAUCCUGUAGUCUGCUUCUUCAGCCUUGUGCCCUACAAAGAAUUUGGAUUACAGAUUCCAACUCUAGUCCUUGGCUAUGAAAGCUAGUUGGGACUGAUAAAGGCCUGGAGGACAUGUGGGUGGCAGAGCUACGCUCCAUGUAUCUCUUCCUGACAUUUGGGUUGGAGGUGGAAUAUUCAAAUCUUCUCUUCCUUUAAAACAUCAUCUACUACAAACUAGUUUAGCACAGGGUGAUAAAAAUUAGCUUAGAAACAGUUUCACAUAUGAAAAGAAUGUGUUACAUAAGAAAUAAUAUAGUAAAACAAUAUCCUCCCUGGGAAAUUAGUAGAAGCCAGAAUUACAGGUAUCAGCAUAGUAUUUAUCUGUUCUGACACUGGGUGUACUGAAACCCACAAAUAUGUCUCCUAACCAAUUUUGGAUUACAUGGAAAGGCUGAUGAGCAGUUUCAAAAGCUUAGGUUGAUUCUGGUGGUUGUUUCCUUGUUCUGCCUUCCUGUCUGUUUGGCUAAAUGAAAAGAGCAAGUGUUUCCCAACUUGUUUUUUUCAAGGGGAGCUCAGGAGUUGUAUUCCAAUAAGGUGGGUUUGGAGAGCCUGAGUGAAGAGGGAGUGGGAGGACAGCUUUGGCUUCAAGCAAAUGCAAAAGGGUGUGUGUUUAUGACCACUUUAAUCCCAGCUCGAAAAGAUAUUGAGUAGGUUGAAGUUAGGGAGGAAAUUGGAGAACAAUUAACAUAGGCAGGUUGGGAUUGGUUGCUUAGGGAGAAAGAUUUGGGCACAAUAGUUUUCGUUGUUCUUUAAAUAAGCUCUCCUGCACACAUGCACACACCCAGAGGGCUGUUGUAACAACAGUGUUAUUGACAAAAUAAGUUGUGGAUAUUUUGCUGCCAUUGCUGCUUGUUCAGCCUAGCUGGUUGAAUCUUUCUGUCUCAAAUGGAGAUGGUACCUUUGGCUUCUCUUCUGAGGACACCACUGCUCCCUCCAGAGUGUGUCGGAAAUCCUGCCUGCAUUUCUGCAGUGAGUGAAAAGCCCCACAAAUUUCAGCAGGCUUUGUCAUGGAAUCCUGGGCUCCCAGCCCAAUCCCAUCAACCUGAGUGAUCUUUUAGUUGGGCCACCAACAUGCUCUAUUCAACCUUUUCUACCCCCCCCCCCAUUCCCAAAUUACUUCCAAGCCACACAAAUCAUGUUAAAGAAGAUUUUAUCACCCGACUCUCUAGUGCUCCAUGCCUGAUUCCGAUUCCCAUCCAUUGUUCUCGAAGUCCAAAUCUGGCUGCCUCAUGCUUUUUAGCAGUUAGAUUUGCAUGCCAACAGGGAGAAGUUGGAAGUCCUGCUUCCUAAUCAGAAGAGGAUGCAGGUUCUGCUCAAUGAUGCGGGUAGUUAUGUAGUGUGUCCAACUGUUGCUCUGUGAUACCAAUGCUGUUAAAAGGCCUGCUGAAGUCAACGGGGUUGACUUUAGUCCCUCUUACUGAGAAUGAAUUAUCUAGGUCAGUGUUUUUCAAACCUGGCAACUUUUAAGGUGUGGACUUCAACUCCCAGAAUUGCUGGCCGGAGAGCGUUUGACAUUGUAGAACGUAAAAACAGCUUGGUCAGAUCAUGCAGGAUACCUAUCUCGUCCAGCAUUUCAUUCUUAACCUGGGCAGCUCUUGAGUGUGUCCUAUGCCAUUUCAAGUACUUGAUGGCAUAGGACGACCAAAACAAAAAACAAAAAAUUGAACUAAAUUAUAAAAACUAUAGUUUGAUUUAAGUUAGCUUUAACUUUAAUUAAAACUAACUGACAUGGGUUAAAUGAGGCUAAGGUUAGCUUUUUCUUUCGCAAUCCUUUGAUCACAAAAAUUACCAUUUUUUGAUAGUUGAAGGGCUCUGAUGGGGGGUUGUUAAACUGAGGUCCAUCCCCCUAGUCCCCCCCUCAGUAACCCCUGGGAUAUAAUAUCAACUUUUGUAAUUGCAUUUGCUUUUCUAAAAUGUUAUGCUCCACUCCCUUACAAUAGGCGUUUUUAGCAAACGAAACCCGUAAGCACGUCGUCCAGUUCCUUAUUUAGAAGUGCAUCCAUCAAGUCCAAAAUAGUUUUUCACCCUUUUUCGUCAGAAUAACACACAACAGCCAUCAAACAGAAAAGAAAGAACAUCCACCGUUCACAUGUCCAGCAGUAUCUCGACACCAAUUAAUUAACUAUUAAAAUUCUGCUAAUACGUCGCUGACUUUGAUAAAUUCUGAAACUUAUCAGCUGCUGUGUUGUAGUGCAGACAUUAACCUGAAACUUGGCCACUGGACGAACUGUGUGGUUGUUGAUCGCACAAAAGGUAAAGUACAUACCGUUUAA